CGUAGAUCAGAUGCAACCAAAGAGUGAUGAAACAAAGCAGUCACAAAGUGGAAUUAAAAGAAGUCUUCCUCUGGUCAAUUGGCUUCCUAACCAUACAACGAUUGAUACAGGAGAAAGACCGUAUGAAUCCAUGGAGUGUGGAAAGAAGUUUAAUAAAUCCGAUCAUCUCAUUUCUCAUAAAAAGUCACAUUCAGAAGAGGAUCGAACUACCUGCAGGGAGUGUGGAAAAACGUUCUGUGAUAAGUACUACCUUAUAAGACAUCAAAGGAUCCAUACAGGAGAACGACCUUAUAAAUGCAUGGAGUGUGGAAAGGCCUUUACUCGUAGCAGUCAUCUUAAUACCCACAGGAGGAUCCACACAGGAGAGAAGCCGUAUCAAUGCAUGGAGUGUGGAAAGACCUUUACUUACAGCGGUCAACUUAACACCCACAGGAGGAUCCACACAGGAGAGAAACCAUAUCAAUGCAUGGAGUGCGAUGAGACCUUCUGUUAUUAUAAAACUUUUAUAAUCCAUCAAAGGAAUCACAGAGGAGAAAGACCAUAUAAAUCCAUGGAGUUUGGAAAGAGGUUGAACAAAUCCGAUCAUCUCCUUUCUCAUAAAAAGUCACAUUCAGAAAAGAAACCAAAUGCCUGCAGGGAGUGUGGAAAAAAAUUCUUUGAUAAUCAUUCUCUUAGAAGACAUGAAAGGAUCCACACAGGAGAAAGACCUUAUCAAUGCAUGGAGUGUGGAAAGACCUUUACUCGUAGCUGUAAUCUUAAUGCCCAUAAGAGGAUCCACACAGGAGAGAAGCCGUAUCAGUGCAUGGAGUGUGGAAAGAGCUUUAAUUAUAGAAGUUAUCUUAAUGCCCACAAGACAAUCCACACAGGAGAGAAGCCAUAUAAAUGUGUGGAAUGUGGAAGGGGCUUCAUAUGGAAUUCUGCUCUUAUCACCCAUAAAAGGAUCCACACAGGAGAGAAACCAUAUCAAUGCAUGGAGUGUGGUAAGAGAUUUGCUCGUAGUAAUGGUCUUAAUUCCCACAAGAGGAGCCACACAGGAUAGAAGUCAUAUAAAUGUUUGCAGUGUGGAGAGGGCUUUAGAAAGAAGUUGUGAUCUCACUUCCCAUAAAAGAAUCCAUACAGUUGAGAAACUAUAUGAAAUCAUAUGCGUGUAGUGAGGAAACAGCUCUGCAAGGAGUAAUGCUCUUACCGUUGAAGGAACAACAUGUGGGACAAACCAUAUCAAGAUGUGUGGGUAGAGCUCCAAGAGAAAUCCAAGUUGUCCUAAUUUUAUGACUGCAAUUGAGCCCAACAUUUCUGUUGAUAAGUUGUGUGUUUUUUCCAUAUUACAAGUUUUCUUGCCAUAUUUCUUAACCGAAUCACUGUAAUUAAGUUAGUAACACUGUUGUGAAAUGAAUCUGGCUUCCUCAUUGGCCUGGUUUCUCAGAAGCUCACAGAAGCUGAUCACAUGAUCCAGGGACACUGGGGCUGUCAUGAAUCAGUUGCCAAGCAUCUGAAGUUUGAUCAGGUGACCAUCGGGAUGUUGUUCAUAAAUGUGAAAAAUUGUCAUAAGUCACACUUUUCAGUGCUUGUAUGACUUUGAAUAAUCACUUUAUGAACUGUAAUUCAUUGAGCGCUUCCUAUAGUUGUUUAAAAUCUCACAUGUUCCAUUUGAGUAAUAAUUCAAAUAAAUUAUA